GUUUGUGCAUUUUUCUGCUCCUGCUCACAGUGAUAGCUCAUUGGGUGAAUAGAGUAGAGUGAUUGCAUUCAAUGAGCUUGCUAGGGUUUCGUCCUCCUCAAUUCUCUGAGGAGGCUGCUUGGCUUCCCGGCUGGCUUCAGCAACAUGAUGUGGAAAUUAAAUUAUCUGACCAACAUGUGGAGGAAUUGAUCCAGCAACAUAAUGCAGUAGCGUCCCAUCCACAAACAACACAAGAAGGUGGAUAUAAGAGUUGCCAUCUAUUCUUAUCCGGAGAUGAUAGUUCACCACUCAGUUUGGUUCAAUCAAUUGAUAAUGUGGUUCAAUUUCAUCUUCAUCUGUCAUUGGAUUGUAGCUCAAAGAACCUGCCAAGUACACUUGAAAAUAUAUCUGAAGCAGAAGCAGAAAGGACUCAGUCCAAUCAUGCUCUGUCAGUUCAGUGUGUUCAAAUCCCGAUUAUUCCUGAAGGGAAGGCUAAGGAAUUGAAAGUGGACAACUUUGCUGCAUUAGGCAAUGGAUCUAAUGAUAUGAACAAAGGGGAUGGGCAAGGGGGAAAUGUCAGCUUAUGCGAAGUCAAUCACACGGAUGAUGCAGUUGAAUUGUCGAUUGCUGCAUCUGAAGCACUGGUUAUUCAUGAGGUGUUCAAAACUGAAUCAUUUUCAAAAAGAAUUCCGGCUUCAACUGUGUUGGAAGCUGCACUCCAGGUGAAACAAGCACGGCUGGAAGCUUGGAAUGAGAGUCAUGAAAGCUGUCAUUGUGAUACUGAGGAGACAUCUGAAAUUGAUUUUCUUUCAGACUCAGAAGAUUUGAGAAUGGAAGCUGCAUUUCAAGAUGUGGGGCUAUCUGCUAGUGAUUCUGCUGAUCUGCAUUUCCACGACUUAAAUGUGUCUUAUGUUAAAGAUACUCUUGCCUCACAAAAUCAAAGACGUAAUGGAGAAUUCGGAGACGAAGGAGCAGUUCCUCAUGGAAUAGACAUUCUUCAGCCAGGAGAUGGCUUUAUUAAGCCAUACUUAAAAGAUAUUGAGAGUGAGUUCCAGUUGAAAGAGGAUGAAAGAUUUGGAUCUUUUAGCAAUGAUGGGCAGAGAAAGCUAACUAGGGAUCAGCAUUUGGGUUUAGAGAUCACCCCUAUGGCACGUGGGAAUGAUCACUUGUCAGAUAGUUUGAACCAGAUUGUCAAUUUUCCUGUCUUGGAAAGACAUGCAAUUCAAGCAUCUAUGGAUUCACCCUCUGUUAAGAACUAUAAUGUUGCAGGAGAAGGUGAUGAAUUACUUAAAGUAGUUCCCAAAAGAUUCGAAAGUCGUUGGUUUGGUGGUUGGACUUGUUUGAAGGUCAGUACAUUCAAGUACAUCCCGUAUCACCGAUUCCUUUGUCAACCCUUUUUAUCUGGCAUAUUCUAUUAAUUAAAGCAGCGCUUA